UCAUUUCUCUUUAUCAUCUUCACAUUUCUUCUCUUUCAAUCAUUCAAAAAUAUUUUCACUCACAAACCUCUCUGAAACCACAUCCUUUGAUUCCUUCGGUUUGCGCCUUACUUGCCCUGUCACAAACCUCUCGGAAACUAGUUCCCCUGAUUUCUUCACUUCGCACCCUGGUUGCCCUGUUGCUUUCUCUGUUUUACUUUCUUUAUUUCAGAAUCUUUUUGCCCUAUUUCUGGUUCUUUAUUUUUUUCAAUAUUUCUGAUUUCUUCAACCAAAAAAAAAAAACACUUUUUGCUUUCAGUUAUUUCUCGAUUACUAGAAAGAAUUAUCAUUUCUCGUAUUUAUUGUUAAGUAUUUUCAUUUGCUUUACUUCUCUUCUGUUUUUGAUUUCUUCGGUUUGCGCCUUACUUGCCCUGUUACUAUCUCUCUUUUACUUUCUUUAUUUCAGCUUUCUUUUUGCCCAAUUUCUGGUUUUUUUUUUUGAAAAAAAGAAUAUCUGUUUCAAUAUUAUUUCUGAUUUCUUCCAAAAAAAAAAAAAACCUUCUUGCAUUUGGUUAUUUCUCAAUUACCAGAAAAAAAUCCGUUUCUCUAAUUUAUUUUUUAUUUCGGCAGUUGUAUUUUAAUUAUUUUCAUUUUCUUUACUUCUGUUUUUCAAACCUGAAAAAAGUUUUAAAAAAUGGUUGAUUGUCCCUGUAUCGCGAGUGUGGUGAGUCCUGUCCUUCAAGUUGCCGAGUGGUUGGCUGCUCCGAUUUGGCGUCCAUUUAAGUACUUGUACAACUACAUACCAAUUUCAAAAAUCUGGAAACGGAAGUUGAUAAGUUGAAGCAUACAAGAGAAGAAGUUGAGCGUAAGAUUAUUGCUGCUGAAAGAAAUGUGGAAGUGAUCUACCAAAAUGUUAAGAAGUGGCAGGACAGUGCGCAGGAGAUGAUUGAUAAAGCAGAGCAGUUGAUUCAAGAGAAAGAACAGUUCAUUCAAGAGAAAGCAAACAACCCGCGUUGUUUCAAGGGAUUGUGCUCCAAUUUCAUCACCCACUACAAACAAAGUAGGAAAGCUUUUAAAUUGAAACGUGAUGAUAUUGAUCCACUCCUCCAGCAAGAAUUGGAUCCAAUUUCCUAUCAAACUAAUCCACCGGAGAUCUGGCUUAGAUCUAGUGAAAAUUAUUUGGCUUUUGAAUCAAGAAACUCCAUGGUAAAUAAUGUAUGGCAUGCUUUAAAGGAUGACAAUGUGUACAUGAUUGGUGUUUAUGGGAUGGGUGGUCUUGGGAAGACCACGCUUGUGCAAGAAGCUGGUAGGAAAGCCAACGAGGAAAAGAUCUUUGACGACAUUGUUUUCGUAGAGGUAGUGUAUGUAACUAGAAAAUACAAUUUGUAUAAUCCUAGAUCUUUUUGCAGGAAAUAUUAUUCAAACACGUGAAUUGCAUUCUCUAGCAAAAGAUGUAUGUAAGGACUGCAAAGGAUUACCUAUUGUAAUUUGUACAAUAGCUAAAACAUUAAAAAACAAGAGUCAGCCAUCUUAUUGGAAGUGUGUAUUGCAAGAAUUGAGAGAACCUUCUCCAAGAAAGUAUACAAGAUACCUAGAAGAGGAUUACGCAAAGAUCGCCUUAAGUUACAAGUAUUUAAGAGAUGAUGAACUUAAGAAAACAUUUUUAAUUUCUAGUCUAAUGAAAAAUAAUACUUUCAUUUCAGACUUGUUCAAACAUGUUGUGUGUCUGGAUGUGUUUGAUAGAGCUAAUUUGACAAUGCAAGAAGCACGAGAUAGACUAGAUAUAUUGGUUUGUGACCUCAAAGAUGUUUGUUUAUUGUUUGACGGGUUCAAAAGCAGCCAAUUUGCUAUGCAUGAUGCUGUUCGUGUUGUUGCCAUAAUAAUUGCAUAUGUGGAUCACCAUGUGUUUACAACAAGAAAUGAUG